UAAUCUUUUUGGGGCCAUGAGAAGGCAGAAGUGCUAGGGGAAGCUUGGCCUUCUAUUUCUCUCUCGCCAGAUUUCUGUAGUAAAUACUCCGUGGCUCCGUGCGUCACAACGGUAGUUAGGGUUUUCCCAGAUCUGAAUCAAAGCGCAAAAGUCAGCAAGUUUCUCCCUCCAACCCUUUUUCCGUUUGGGUUUUAGCAUUGGACUUUUUCAAGAUUCAAGAACUGGGGUUUUGGGGAGCAAUAUAAGCCGAGGGUAAUCCGAGCUGCCAAUGCAAUUUGGAUAUAAAUUGGAGAAGUUUUCGGUGAAUUUUCUGAUACCGGAAAAGCUGAGCUACUUUGAGCGUACAACUCCCAUUCACCUUCAUCAUCAUCAUCAAUAAUGUCUUGGGCUAGUGCGGAGGACAUUUAUCUCUCUACCUCUCUUGCCAAUUAUCUUGACAAGAAAAUUCUUGUGUUGUUACGAGAUGGUCGAAAGCUUUUGGGGAUACUUCGCUCUUUUGACCAAUUUGCCAAUGCUGUUCUUGAAGGAGCUUGUGAACGUCUUAUUGUUGGUGAUAUCUAUUGUGACAUGCCGUUAGGAUUAUAUGUAAUCCGUGGAGAAAAUGUCGUCUUGAUUGGUGAGCUGGAUUUGGAUAAGGACGAACUUCCGCCACAUAUGACCCGCGUUUCAGUACCAGAGAUACGAAGGGCGCAAAAAGCAGAAAGGGAGGCAUCGGAUCUCAAAGGCACAAUGCGAAAGAGGAUGGAAUUCCUCGAUAUGGACUGAGAUAUAUUUUGCAGCGAUGUCAGGUUCCUCUGCUCUUGUACUUGCCUCCCGCAACUAUUUUAUCGCGGUUGCCUGCCGGGUGGGCACAAAAAUGUAACUAGGACCCGAAGAUGGUCAAACAUUGCCCCCCGGAGUUCCCUUUAUUCAUCGUUUUUAUACAUCAUUGUAAAAUUCACAAUACAUACAUUCUUGUUUCUAGAUUUGCAAUCAUAUUUCGCGCAUUCUUGCUCA